AUGGCAAAUCUGGUGACUGACAUUUCCAUCAUCACUCCGCAGCCUGCCGCAAAGGUUUCUCUACUCCACCUCCAGAGCCUUGUUGUAAAGACAACCCUGUUGCGUGUUAUCCCGCUGCUUCCGGAUGGUACCAGCCCCCGUGAAUCCCCAGGAAUCCGUGCCUUAGGGAUCCCGGUCGUUGCUGGGAGGAACCGCACAGUUCCUCAGACCCCGGUCAAUCAGAGAAGAUUCAGUGAAGCCACACUGGACGGUGUCGAAUCAGUCACUUCUUGUGACUCUCAAAAAAUCUCACAUGAUGGCGAAAACCCUCCUAGAGAGGCGGGGGAGAAGCAAGACGUAGAGGCCGUUCGAGGAAGGCUGGAGUCAAUUAGUCGCGGCCUGUUCAGGCCUAAACUUAUUUCUAGAUCUGACCUGUCCCACAGAUAUGAAGAAAGUUCUUCAGACGAGAGUACAGAAGACAUAUUUUCCACACCUCUCAAGAAGUUCGACCCUAGAAAAAUAAUAACUUUCCCCGGUUUUGGGCAAGGGCCUCGUGUGCGUAGCGGGGGGUUUAUGUCUCCUGAGGCGGGCAUAAGUUAUUUUCGAGACAUUAAUGGGCAGUUUAAGCAAGCUGAAUUUUCUGAUUGGCAAAGCACCCUCGGCCGCUCUAACAAUUCUUGGAAUCCCACUGUACCUCGAAACUAUAAAAGGAAGGCUAGGAUCUGUUCAAUCAGUUCUAUCGGGAGAGAAUUGUCUCCGAUGACAGAGAGGACUCUGAAAAGAAUUGUCGAGCUUAACGCCCCGGUUGCUGAUGUGAACAUUGGGGGAGAUGGCGCUUCCGAAGAUUCAGAGGCAGUGUUGCGUUCCUCUAAAAUUGCUGCAGGAAAUGCAACGGCGGCAAAGAGUUCUUCGGAAAGUAACACCAUGAUUGCUCUCGAAGGAGAAAUGGCGCCACAAGAGCUUCUUGAGGUGGGCGAUGAUACAGCACCUGCUGCUGUGGAUGAAAAUGAUGGGUGUGAAGACGAACAAGCCGUUUGUAGUGAAACUACAAUGAUUAUUGAGAAAGAUACAUUAUGUAUCUUCUUCCCAAACAAAAUCCGUGGUGAUGCUGUUGUUAUCGAAGUAAUGUUGGAGAUCAAUCCACUCUAUAUUGAGGGAAAGACCUAUGCAACUUUUAUCCUCGCAGGUCUACCACAUUGUAAAAACGGCGCCUACAUCAAUUUUCGGAUCGAUGAUGAAGAUGAUUGGAAGUUUCACACUUUCCCAGCACUCAAUACUGUUGAAACGGGAGACACAGAGGAAAACAAGCUCCACGGUAUUCUUGACUUGAACUUAGAAACUAACCCUAUCCAUCUUGACCGCUCUGUUGUUAUUAGAACACUUCGGUGCCCAAUGGUCCUCGAAGUGUUGGAAUUUGAGAUGAAGACGAAUGUUCAGAUGGACUUCUCAUGGUCGCCCUUGAAUGAAAAAAUAUCUGGGGAAUUUGAGAUCACUCUUUCCUUUCUGAAAGUUGAGUCAGACGAAGAUGCAAAGCGCAGUGUCAUUAAUCUUUUCCUUAUCAAUGGUCCCGAAAGACAGGAUGGGCUGAGCGUCGACUCUCCUGGGGGCUUUCCAACAGACUUUGUUCUUGGGGAUCGUGAAUUUCAAAACCAUGAAAUUAGUGCACGACGUUGCAGGCUCCUCCGGGUUGAAAGACUAACGAAAGACGUUAAUCAAACUCUGCGGGUUCGGUUUAAUAAACAGUUUACAUCAGUGACACAGGAUGUUGGUAUUCCAUUUGUCCGGACUGGUGGUGAUACCACGAUCCUUGAGGAGAGUGUCACAAUCAUAAACGCUAAAUUACCUCUGGAGGCUGCAUUUACUCCAAAUUCUAAAUCGUGGAAACUGUCCAAAAAGCUUGGAUCCGAUACCUUUAAGACAUUUACGAGAGCAGAGGUAAAUAUGAGAGAACCAAAUCCAUCUGUCUCUAUUUCAUGCCUUCAACCCGCAAUGUCUCCCACGGCAGAAGCAAUGAAUCUGGCUUUAAUGAGGGGCCGUGGUGAGUUUAUUGACAGAAUUGACUACAAGGUUGAAGAAUCCGAGUGCUUUGAUGAUAGAGAAACUCCGAUUAUAGUAGUUAAAAUGAGUUUUGAGCUUGAUGUUCCUCCCGGUGUAGAACCUAUGGGAGAAAUCAUUCGAUUUCAUAUUGGGAGUUUCGCAUUCCAGUUUGUCACUAUUAACGGGGGGUUGACCGGAAAAGGUGUUCUCUUUGAGGAUGGUGAUGAACUGAUAGUUUUAAACUUUGGAAUUCUUGAUGGCACUAAGAAUGGUGAGAAAUUACUGAUCAGCGCCGAAUGGUUUGGCGAACAAGGCUUGAGGCUCUCGUGUGGGGAGAUAAUAGAAUUCAGAUUACCAAGGGUGACGGGAAAGGUUGUGGGAAAAACUGUCUUUGAGUGUGCAGAUAAGAAAGCUUCCAUCCUAUCUCUGCAAUUAAAUUACCAGAAUAAGGCCACUUCUGGUUUCACCAAGGGGAAGGCCAUAAUAUUGGGUAUGGACACUGAUAAGAGUGAGAUAUUUUUCCAUAUUCCAUGCAAGAUUGUCUGUAGGUCCUUAUAUGGUUCCAUUGUGACCACGAGCGACGUUUAUGGCACUGUUUCGUCAAACUCUCGUUUAUUUGGGAGUCUAGAAAAUCAAGAACGGCCAGCUUGUUCACUCGAGAGUCUAGAGGGCCAAGAACAGCUAGAAAACUCUGCACAGGAAGUUCAUCAGGAGCACCGAGAUGUCGCACUCCAUUGGAUGUGGGAGAUGAAAGAAACGUUGAUCGUCAUCAUGAUCAUCUGGAUGCUUUGCAUGAGCCUGGUAUCACAAUCAAAGCAGAACUCGGCGCUUAGAGCUUCACUUCGCCAGACCGCAAUCAUGUUAGACCAGAGAGAGAUAAUCAACGAUCAGAAAACACCCCCAAAAAACGAGCCCCAUACGCAGUCCCCAAGAAGAUCUAGAGGGGGUUCUGAGGAUACGUGGUGGUCUGUGGUGGGUCUCGAAGACACUCAAGAGAUCGGCCAAUUUAAAAUCGGCUUUUUAAAGAUGGAUAACCCAAACUCUGAUCAUAGGACCUGCGAUCCAGCGGAAGCUGCUGUCGAUUGCAAGAACAGUGACGCGGAGACCGAUACACCGGUCGUUGAUGUGGGGAGCAACUCCGAUGUUGUAGGGCAAGCCGAAGAGAUAACAUUAAAGGCACCCGAUAAAGCAAAGGACCGGGCAGAGCAGGGUAGCAAGGAGCUCCAGAAGAAAGUAGCACUGCUCCUGCAAGAAAGUUUUGCAGAAAAGGCCCAGCGCGUUAUAGUACAUGUGCUUGAGUUCUUCUGGCGCCUUGUAUUUGGGGGAGAGCGUGCUGAAUUGUAA